GGAAGCGCGGAAUGCGCCGGCGCGUAGUCGGGGACGCCGGGCCGAGGGUUUUGCUAGGAAACCGACUGUUAUUGCCCCGCCCCCUCGGGGCUUUUGGUCCCGUUAACUGUCGGGGUGCGGGGGGCUGCAGGGCCGGGCGACAUGCCGGUGCGCUUCAAGGGGCUGAGUGAAUACCAGAGGAACUUUCUGUGGAAAAAGUCCUACUUAUCAGAGGCCUGCAAUGGCUCAGUGGGUCGAAGGCACCCAUGGGCUGGACUUAGGUCAGAUCAAAUAGGAAUCACAAGAGAGCCAAGUUUUAUUUCAAAAAGAAGAGUCCCUCACCAUGACCCACAGAUUUCAAAAUUUCUUGAGUGGAAUGGAGCUACCUCAGAGAACUGUGGGGUUGUGCCACCAGAACCUGAAGCCCCAGAAGCACUGGAAUCACAAGGGGCAGAACAAAAAGAUGUUAAUCAAGAAAGAGUUCUUGCACUAGAAGACACCAUGGUUCCCAAGAGAACCACGUGUCACUCUCCAGACUCCACAGCGGAAAGGGCUUCCGAUAUCGUGGAAAAUAAUACGGAUGCAAUGAUAAACCACAUACCAGCUAAUGAAAAUGUAGAACAGGAAAGUUGUACCAAGCCUCUCUCAGAAAAAACAGAUAAUAGGUUGGAUAGAUUUCUGCAGAAGAAAGCUGGAUUGACUGUUGUUCCUUCACAGAGUGUCUUGAGGAAUUCUGAAUAUCAAAGGCAGUUUGUUUGGAAGACCCCUAAAAAAACUGCUCCAGUUUUUGCAGCCAAUCAGGUUUUCCACAAUAAAAGCAAAUUUGUUCCACAAUUCAAAGAUAACUCAAUAAUCCAUGAAAGUGAAUACAAAAGAAAUUUCAAGGGUUUGUCGCCUGUGAAAGAACCAAAAUUAAGAAGUGAUUUGAAAGAAAACGGACAUUUUGAAACAGUAUCUCCUGAAAAAAAGUGUAAUAAAACAGACGAUUCUUUAAAAUUAGAAGCAGAAAUGGAAUCAAAAGACUUAAACCAGCUUAAAAAGAAGCUCACUCCUUGGAAACAUCAAAGGCUUGGGAAGGUGAAUUCUGAAUAUAGAGCAAAAUUUCUGAGCCCAGCCCAGUAUUUAUAUAAAGCUGGGGCAUGGACACAAGUGAAGGAAAAUAUACCAAAUCAGGGUUCUCUAAAUGCCAUGUGGUAUGCAGAGGUUAAAGAACUUCGAGAGAAGGCUGAGUUUUAUAGGAAACGCGUUCUGGGCACACAUUUUUCUCGGGACCAUCUGAAUCAGGUUCUGUCUGAUAACAACAGUUGGUGGGAUGUCUCCUCGACCACGAGCUCAGAAGGAACCGUUAGCAGUAACAUUAGAGCACUAGAUCUUGCUGGAGAUCCUACAAGCCAUAAGACUUUGAAGAAAUAUUCUACAAAACGAGAAGGAAAAAGGCCUAUCUUGGAAGAACAGCCCCAGAAAAAUACCACGGAGAAAUUGGGUGUGUCAGAUGCUUCCACUGUACCUGUCAGAAGGCGCCUAGCCUGGGAUGAUGCAGAGAUCACCAAUGAAGACAUGCAGAAAGGUGCAGGGGACAGAGGAAGGGACAAGCAGGUUUAUAUGGGAGAGUUGGAAGUACAUGAAAAAUCUAAGGCAGACAAGAUAAAAGAAGGGUCAGAUUCUUCUUCUGUAUCCUCAGGAAAAGGAGGCAGGCUUCCUACUCCAAAGCUGAGAGAACUUGGUGGAAUUCAAAGGACUCAUCAUGAUCUUACCACUCCAGCUGUUGGUGGUGCUGUUUUAGUGUCUCCAUCUAAAGUGAAGCCUCCAGGCCCAGAACAGAGAAAAAGAAUGUCUCUGCAGGAUGGCUUAGAAACUUCAAAGAGUGACUUUAGAAAGAAAGAAGGUCAUGUGGUAACCCUCCUGACUUCUCCAGCUGCUGGUAUAAAAACAGUUGAUCCCUUGCCUUUAAGAGAAGAUUCUGAAAUCAAUAUCUCCAAAUUUUCAGAAUCCACUCUUCCAGUUUCAAAAAUUCCAGAAUAUCUAACAAACAGGUCUGGGCAGUCUCCUUCUCCACCUUCAUCCUACUGGCAUCCCUCUCAUCGAAUUAAUGGCUCUCUGAGAGAUUCAGAAUUUCAGCAUAAUGUGGGAAAAGCAAGGCAGAACGAUUUCCAGUUACCGCAGCAUGAUGCCUUUGAUGAAGAUGAAGACAGAUUAUCUGAGAUUUCUGCUCGCUCUGCAGCUUCUAGUCUCCGGGCUUUUCAAACUCUGGCACGAGCUCGGAAAAGGAAGGAGAAUUUCUGGGGCAAAUUAUAAUUAAACACACCUAUUUGAGUUGCUUUUAUCUAGGGAACUAUUGGCACAAUUUUUCUUUAUUGCUCCAUUCUGUUAAGACUUUUUAAGUACUUGGAUUUUUCCCUAACAAUUCCUACUUAAGAAGAAUUAUUUGAUUUUCAAUAGCCAAUUCAAUUUACUUGGGAAAUUUUGACACAGGUUUAUACAAAUUUAACUUUUAAAAAAUUCUUUUUACAUUUAUUCCAAAUUAUAAAGAUAUAGAUUAUAAAGUUCUUCAUGUGUCUUAACUUUUGUUUUAGUGUUAUGGAUAGCUGGUAGAAUUGUGAAUUUUACCUAUCCAGAAAAUAUUCUAAGUUAAGUAAAAAUUGAGAUCCCAGUGUGAAGAAUAUAUUUCUCUAAUAUUGCUUCUAUUAUCUUUAUAAUUGUAGAUGUCAUAAAAUUAAUGUUUUGCUCUUAUUUUUCUGUAGUGUUUAUUUUUUAGUAACUUUCGUAUGUGGUUAUAAUGUUAAGAUACUUUAUUUUAGAUUUAAAAUACUAGCUGUAUAUAUUUUUCUUAUUUAUGUAACAAAGUUUGCUGAGAAAAUAUGUAUAUUUUUUAUCUUUGUGUGUGUUCUAUUUGUAUAAGUACUAGCUUAUAUUUGAAUAAUGUCUGAAUUUUGAAAAAUUAUUUGUAUAAUGGAAAACUAAAACUUUGUAGAUAUUUCAAAAUAAAAAUCAAGUAUUUCAAUUUCCUGUUUAUUAUUAACAUAAUAAUUCUCCAAAAUAUUAGUAUAUGGAAGAAAUAGUUAUAUUUUAGGAACAUUUUACUCAUAAAAGGUUAGUCAAAUGUAAUAGUGCUUUUGCAGCAAUCCAAAUGCAAUGAAACCAAGUCCAUGAUAUUUUUGUAUAAAUGUAGAAAAAUAUAGAAUUUCCAAGGCAGAAUAAUUUUUAAAAAAUUUAACACAAACUUUUUGACUAUACUUCUUCACUCAUAGGACAUGUUCUGUCUUUACUUUGCAAAUCAUGAUAAAUGUAAUUUUCUUAAAAUAGAGUUUUUAUAACAGUAAAAGUUUUAUAAUAGUACAUAAAAUGUAUUGAAGAUAAAAUAAACGAUUAUUUGUGCUUAUUGGUUAGAAAACAAAUAAUCUGUUCUAAAUUGCUUUCUUUGGUCAAAAGUGCUUAUACAAAAAUCAUCAAUUUACAGUAAGUUUGUCAAAGAUCUGAGUAUUAUCAUCUAUACUA